UUUAACUGAUGAUUGGUAGUAGGAAAAUGUAAAAUGUAAGGAAAGGUAAAAAGGUACAAUUGACUGAUUACUUAAUAAAUUUAACCAAAUGAUGUCCAGUGUACAAUUCUUUUUUUUUUUACUUAAGAGUAUGUCGAGUCUCCACAAGAAGUUUCUUCUGUGACUUUUUGACAUUAAAAAUUAAUAUAGAAGUUAAAGUUGUUUUUUCUUUGCUACAUUAUUUAGGUUUACCCAAAAAGCACCUCUUUAUUAACCUCCCCUUCAUCCCAAUAAAAAAUUUAUACAAUUUAAACUUUCCCAACACAGCAUUUGGAAAACCAUUUAGAAUUUUAUUAAGAAUGUAUAACAUUGUACAGGUAUUCAAAUACUGGUAUGAUACAUAAAUAUCUUACUGAAAGGACAACAUCUUUAAAUAUAUUGACUGCUUUGUCUGUUAAAUAGACAGGAAUUUGUGAACACAUCUAUUAUACAGAAUUUCUCAUUCAACAGAAUUCACCAUAUCCACAUCAGCAAAGCAGCAUGAGCAUGGGCUAUUGGCCAGGAUGAGGAAGUAGCCUUGGUAUGUAGAACUGGAUGUUGCAAUGUUUCCUUUAAAAAAAAAAAACACCCCAGCAAACUAUUUUAUUUUUAUUUCUUAAACUCUAUGCUACAUUUAAAUCCAAAGUCCUUCCAUGUGUUUUGACUUAGCUGGAAUGUGCAUAUACACCUGUUGGUGUGUGAAUAUCUCAUCUUUCUGUUAGCAUCUUUUUGUUUGUUUAUGAUUUGACAGAAUUAUAGAUUUUAAAAUAACUGAAAUCUAUAUUUUAAUGUUGGUUGAUCUUGCAUGUGAAAACUGUAUGUGAUAUCAAUUAUUUUGUUUAACAUCACAUUAAGUAACAUGGCAGAAAGAGUCCUGGAUCAGGAGUCAGAAGUCCUAGAUUAUAGGCCAAGGUUUGCUUCUAAGUAGCCCUGUGACCACAAACAAGUCACUUAACCCCUGUUGGCCCCAGUUUCUGCAUCUUUAAAAGAGGGUUGGAUUGGAUGAUCUUUUAAAUCUCUUCCUGCUCUAAUGUUCUUUAAAUCUUAAAUAAAAACCUCUUGAAUUCAUUAUAAUUUUGUGAAAUGAAAUAUAAACAUAUAAAGUGCUACUUUGCUUUGGAACCAAGGAUACUAACAUAUAUAUAUAUAUAUGUAUAUAUAUAUCUUCCUGCAUCACUAGCAUCCUGAUUUUAAAACAUAUUAGCCUGUAGAGUUAAAAUAAUAUCCAAUCUGAGACCAGUCUUGAAUCUUACAGUUUCAAGAAGGGAAAAUUAAUUUUCAUGUCUUUUUUCUCAGCUUCUAGAAGAUAAAAAUAUCCCUAAUGAUGUUUGCUGCACUUUUUUGAAUGCCCCAAAUUGGUGAAGAGAGAACACUAAAUAGACAAGUAAGGAAGCUAUUAGAACUUUAAUGUAAACUUUUAAGAGUCUGCAGGUCAGGGAGUAUAGGAGAUGAGGAAGACCAUUGUGGCCCUUCCUUCUACUUGGAAAUUGUUUAUCUUUUUAAGUCAGAAAUGUGAAUUCUUCCAGAUCCUAUUGAAUAAACCUUAAGCUUACUAAAACAAACUAAAAUGAGAAGUUUUAAACACAAAUACACCACCAUUCCACAUUGGGGUGGCAGCAACCCCCCAUUUUUAUUGAUCUGUUAAUUUAACAAAUUUAUUUAUUUAAAAAUAUGGAGAUGGUAAGAAAAAAGUAUUUGAUCUGUACAAAGCUUAAGUCCCACCCCCCACCCCCAACCCCGGUGCGCAUUUCUGCAAACGCUGGUGGGGUUUCUUCCUUUUGCAGCUUCCAAGAAUAAUUCCAAGAAAAGAAAUCCUUUGAGACAUCAGCCUCGGAUGAGUUCGAAAGACUCAUUAUCUCAUUCUGCAAUAAAGGAUGAUUGACCCGCUCUUAGAUCAAGUAACAAAGCAGGGAAACUAAUCUGAAGGAAUUAUUGGAUAUCAAUUUCUUAAAGUAAACUUACUUCAAGCACAUACAAUUUACUUCCCUACUUGCUUUUUGGAAAGGAGACUAGAGAUGAAGAUGACAUGUACAAAUUGGUAGUGAGUCAAGUAUGGGGGAGAGCAAUGGGGAAGUCACACCUUCCACUGCAUUGCCCCAUGUGAGAUUCCAGCAAUGGGGAUUCUGAAUUUGAAAAUCCCCAAUUUCCAAUCAAAUGAUUAGAAAGUCCAGGUAUCACUGACUUGUUACAGGCUGCUGUUAGUCAGCUUCAUGUCCAGAGUCUGCGUGACCCCACGGAUCCUGUGUCUCAGCUCAGCAGGAGUUCUUCUUGAAUCUCCUGGGUGUUACUGUGAAAAUAUCACAGUUUAAUCCCUCUUAACUGCGGUUUAAUUAGGAUCUACUCCAAACUGAAAGUUGAUCUCUCGCGGACCCUUUCCCAGUGGAACUCGUGAAACAAUGCUGCCCCAAGUCCUGGGCUUGAGGUGACAAGCUAGCCUGGAGAACAAAGCUUCAGCUCCUGUAUUAAUUAGGUCUUCAGGGACACAACCCUCCUCUCCACUCCUGCUUCUUCCAGUUUGCACCCCCGCCGCCCGCCCCCCCCCCUCCCAUUUCACUCGCAGCUUUGUUCUAUUCCUGAUACACUGCUAUCCGAAAGGGUCAUCCUCGUGAGUUCCAGUCAGGUCAUUCAAAGUCGAAAGUUUCAGCUCUCCAAGUCUCAGUCCUUGAUUUACAAUCCAAAAUUGUAAGGCCAGGAGGAGGAGCGAGAGGGGCGAGUACAAGCGGGCUGGUGUGGAAGGAAAGGAUUGUGUCUGAGCUCUAUUCCUGUAUCUAUGAGCUACGGUGAUAGUAUGUACAGCACUGGGAACGGAUGGCCAGGCAUGUCCAAUUAUACCAGUGACUAACCGUAUUUACUUGCCUGGCCUCCUGCUCUAAUCCCGUCAGGUCUGAUUUAAUCCCUCACGCGGAGCAAGGGUAAAAGAUUACCCCGCAUCCCCCGCCCCAGGAGCCAGUUGUCCCCGGCCCCUGUUGUGUAUGUGUGUGAGUGCGGGCGGGCGGGCGUGUGUUUUAGCAGGAAAGUUUCGAAUCUUGACUUUCUGCAGGUGAAAACCCUCAGGACUGGGCUUACUGAGAGGGGCUAGGGGAAGACGGAGAGGAGAGCCCUCUACUCCCACAUCCUAUCCAUUUCUACCGCGUCUGCACAUCUGUCGUUGCUUUUUGCCUCUACCUGUCAGAGUUCGAAGACUCAUCUGAUUGGGAGAUAGGGGCAGCCGGGGGACACAGAAGCUCCUUUCAUUCAGGUGAUGGUGCGGCGCCACAGCUGUCCUUGCUGGGCCGUCUGGGACUCUCUCCCAAAGGCUGCAUUUCUAAAAAGCUUCUCUGCCCCAGCAGCCACUCAACCCGUCGAAGUUGGAACGCGUCCAAGUCCGGUGGAUUCCACCUUCUUAUCUCGUGUGGGCUGUCUGAACUACGGGAAACCUUCCCUAGCCAGGGCAUGGCUCACCUGUGCUAGGAGAGGGGGUGGGUGGCAACUUUCAGAUUUAGAUGAGAGAUGAAAGCGAUCCGGACUUUGAAGGGUGCUUGCCAACUCGGGUAAUAGAUAAUGGGGGCCGCUACUCGGGUGACUUGAGCCCGAGCAGGUUUGUGAGGUUUGGGGGUGUGGGGCUUGGUCUUGGUUUACUCUUCUUCCAAGCCUACUCCCCUUUGCAUGAUGCACCAUGAGUUACUUUCUGUCCUACUGCAAAGCUCACGGAGGCGCCAUCCUCACCCACUACCAGGUGCUGCGCGACGAGGGCUUCCUGUGCGACGUGACGCUGGAGGCUGAAGGCAGCGAGUUCCUGGCGCACAGGUCGCUCCUGGCGUGCUCCAGCGACUACUUUAAAGCUCUAUUCAAGAGCUACACGCAGGAAUCUCGGGCCCCUGUUAUCCACCUGAAGGUGCCCUCGGCCACCGGCCUUCAGCGCCUCCUGGACUUCAUCUAUACUGCUUGGCUGCCCCUGUCCAUGGACACGCUGGAAGACACGCUGGAGGCCGCCAGCUACCUACAGGUGAGCGAGGCCGUAGGCCUGUGCAGCCGCUACUUGGUGCGUCACCUGGGCCUGGAGAACUGUUGCUUCGUGGCCAACCUCGCCACUCGCUUUGGCCUGGCUGACACGCUGUCGGCGGCCGAAAGCUUUAUUGGGCGCCACAUGCGAGCGCUGCUGGACAGCGGCCCCGAGGCGGCGGGGCUUCUGGAGCUCAACCCAGGCUCGCUUAAGGCAGUGCUGGGCUCCCCCGACGUGCCAUACGUGGCCGAGGCCCGGUUACUGAGCCUGGCCUUGAGUUGGUUGCUGCGGGAUCCCGCAGCCGAACGCCUCCCGCACUGCUGCAGUCUUCUGGAACGCAUACGCUUCGGCCUGGUGCCCGCUGAGGUGCUUCGUCGGGUCUAUUCAGGAUCGGGCCUCAGCCUUCCUCCCCGAGUGAAGGGUCUAAUUAUCCAGGCUAUCAGCUACCACACAGCUAUCUCGCGCCAGCCCCUGAUGCAGAGCGAGCAGACAAGUUGCAGGAGCCCCCAGACCCGCAUCUUACUGGUUGGGGGGCGUCGGGCCAAAGAGGCAGUGACUCAAGGUGCUGAAGAUGUUCAAGUCCCUCGAGGAGAAGAUAGAGGCGAUGUCGGCGGAGCUGCAGGUGAACCGGCUGAACAGGAGGUGCAACCUGAGGAAGUGGAUGAGUGGGAACUGACCCAAGAUGUGGUCUCCUUCGAUGUGUACAACCACCGCUGGCGCAGCCUCACUAGGCUCCCCGCCCCGUUGCAGGGACACUGCGUGUGCACUAUAGGCAACUUCCUUUACGUGCUGGGAGGGGAGAGUCCCACAGACAGCUCCGCUUCUCUUUCUCCAACCUUCCCACUGGAGGUUACGGCCCAAGUGCACCGCUAUGACUCUCAUUUCGACGUGUGGGCUCCUAUGCCUGCCAUGCAAAAAGCCCGAGCCCACUUCUGGUGCGGUGCGGUGGGCAACAACCUCUUAGCUGUCGGCGGUGUGGGCACAAGCGGGGCCGCCCUGGCCUCAGUGGAGAUAUACGAUUUGGUCCGAGACCGCUGGACAGCGGCCCAGGAGUUGCCACAGCCAGUGUAUGGUCAUGCCGGAGCGGUAGGGGCCUGUGGCACCGUGUAUAUAUCCGGGGGAAAGCUCGGAGGGCGCCCGGAGGAUGGGGGUUUGGAACGAGGUGGCAGCAUCCGGGACGUGUACGCCUUCAGCCCACAGGAGAAGGUGUGGAGUAAGAGGGCACCGAUGAGCAUCGCCCGCUUUGGGCACCACAUGGCCACGCUACGCGGUGCAGUGUUUGCUUUUCUGGGGCGCUACGAGCUCUUCUCCGAGAUUGAGCGCUACGAUCCCGGGGCAGAUCAGUGGACGCGGUUACGGCCCCUGCUCUAUGACCGCUUCUGCUAUGGGCUGGCCGUGGUGGAGGAGACUGCACUCCUGCUAGGUGGAUUAAAGUGGCAAGAUUCCAGGCAAGUGCCCACCCGAAACGUGGUAGGGUACGAUUUGGACCUCGACUGCUGGGAGGACAUUGGCUGCUACAUGCCCCAGGCUUGGAGCGGUCUGAAGUGCGCGGUAUUGCAAUUAUCAGAAGAGGAGGAAGAGGAAAGGGUUGAAAAGAUAAAGAAAGUGGAAACACAGGCUGAGGUGCAUUAACUCAUG